AUGGUCCCAAAUGAAGGCUACCAGUGUAAGGGGAUUCUCCACCUACUCCUGCAUUUCAGGUGGUCAUGGGUUGGGCUCCUUGUGAAGGAUGAUGACAAUGGAGAAAUGUUUGUGCAGACCAUCACUGAAAUGCUUCCGCUAAAUGGCAUCUGUGUUGCCUUCCUAGAGCGAAUCAAAAUCAUUCUCUUCAGUAGCUUUUUGGAUGAUCUAAAAUGGUUGAAUGGAAUAUAUGAUGUUUCCAUGAAAAGCAAAGCCAAUGUGAUCAUUGUUUAUGAAAAAAAUAUUUCACAUUUGAGGUGGCUGCUAUAUCUACCCGAAAUGAAAUGGGUGGCAAUACAGCCUAAAGGUAAAGUGUGGAUUAUGACAGCCCACAUGGAGCUCACAUCACUGAGUUAUCAAAGAAGCUGGGAUAUAAACGUCCUCCAAGGUGCUCUGUCCUUCACAGUGCAUUCAAAUGAGGUACCAGGAUUUAAACAUUUCAUUCAGACUAGAAAUCACUUCUGGACAAAUGAAGAUGGCUUUAUCAGGGACUUCUGGGCACAGGCAUUUGGCUGUGGUUUUCUGGAUCUAUUUGUUAGCAAGAAGGUAGAAGAAAACUGUACUGGGCAGGAGAAACUGGAGACCCUUCCUGGGACAUAUUUUGAAAUGAGCAUGACUGGACACAGUUACAGCAUCUACAAUGCUGUCUAUGCUGUGUCCCAUGCUUUACAUGCCUUGCAACCAUGCCAAUCCAAACACAGAAGUAUGGUGAAUAGUAGGAGCCUAUAUCUUCAGGAUCAACAGCCGUGGCAGCUCCACCACUUUCUGAAGAAAAUCUCAUUUAACAAUAGUGCUGGGGAAACAGUUUCUUUUGACCACAAUGGGGAGUUGACAGAAAGAUUUGAUAUUAUAAACUGGGUCACUUUCCCAAACCAAUCCUUUCAUAGAGUGAAAGUUGGAUGGCUGGAUCCCCAGGCUCCCCCUGACAAAAUGUUCACUGUUCGCAAUGAUGCCAUCACAUGGCACAGCAGUUUUAACCAGGCAUUGCCCCUUUCUGUGUGUACUGACAGCUGCUACCCUGGUUAUAGCAGAAAAAAGCUAGAAGGGAAGCAGUUUUGCUGUUAUGACUGCAUCCUAUGUCCAGAAGGCAAGAUUUCAAACAAAAGCGACAUGGAUGAUUGUUUUAAAUGCCCAGAUGAUCAAUAUGCAAACAAGGACAACAAUUUAUGUAUCCCCAAAGAUAUUAGCUACCUGUCUUGGAAUGAGCCUUUAGGGAUCAGCUUAGCUAUUUUGGCACUUUCCUUUUUUGUGUUCACAGCUCUGGUGCUAGGGACAUUUAUGAAGCAUCAUGAUACUCCUGUUGUCAAAGCCAAUAACCAGAACCUCACCUACACUCUCCUCAUCUCCCUCCUGCUCUGCUUCCUUUCCGCAUUGCUGUUCAUUGGAGAACCUCAGAAGGUGAUGUGUCUCUUCCAACAGACUGCUUUUGGCAUAGUAUUUUCAGUGGCUGUGUCUUGUGUAUUAGCAAAAACCAUCACAGUGGUUCUGGUUUUCAUGGCUGCCAGACCUGGAUCCAGGAUGAGAAAGUGGGUAGGGAAGACACUGGCCAAAUCCAUUGUACUUUGCUGCUCUUUUAUCCAGGCAAGUAUCUGUACUGUGUGGCUUGCAACCUUUCCCCCAUUCCCACAUGCUGACAUGCACUCAAUGACUGAAGAAAUUGUACUGGAAUGUAGCAAGGGGUCAUCUGUCAUGUUUUACAUUGUCAGGAGCUACAUGGGUUUUCUAGCCAUUGUCAGUUUGCUUGUGGCAUUCCUAGCCAGGAAAUUACCUGACACUUUCAAUGAAGCCAAGUUCAUCUCUUUCAGCAUGUUGGUGUUUUGCAGUGUUUGGCUAUCCUUUAUCCCAACUUAUCUGAGCACCAAAGGAAAAUACAUGGUAGCUGUGGAGAUCUUUUCCAUCUUAGCCUCCAGUGCUGGAUUACUGAGUUGCAUCUUUUUCCCCAAAUGUUACCUAAUUGUCCUGAGGCCGGCCCUAAAUGUCAAGAAAAAGCUAAUGUGGAAAAAGCAUUGA